AUUGCUUCGGUCUAUCGACACUUGGCGCACACUCGGAGGCCCAAUAAUCCAAAAUGUCUUAAAAGAGGAAGUAUUGCUUCGGUCUAUCGUCACUGCGGCUGUGCAUUCUGCUACAUUCAAUAUGUUUUACCAAAUUAAGCCAUAACCCUUCUGAAUUGGUCCACGUCUCUUAAGCUAGCUGUCCCACUACCCAUUAACAUAUAGCACAUCAAAAAUAUCUGAUUACUGCUGCUCUGUAUGUCUUAAAAGAGGAAGUAUUGCUUCGGACUAUCGACACUUGGCGCACACUCGGAGCCCCAAUACCCGAAGAAGGAGGAACCAUACGCAGACAAAACAGCCACCAAACACACAGCACAAAGAUUUCGAAGUUCGGUCAGAUUCAUCUGAAGUGGAGAAGGUAUUCUUAUUAUAGGUCAGAUUCAUCUGAAGUGGGGAGGCAAAAAAAAUGUUCAAGAACCUCGGUAACGAACCGCCCGGCGAUUCAGCCGGUGACGGAGGCGGGAACCGUCAUCUGGGAAGCUUCCAGCUGACUAGGCAACCGUCGAUCUAUUCACUGACAUUCGAGGAGUUCGAGAACACGAUGGGGGGCAACCUUGGCAAGGAUUUUCCAGGGUCGAUGAACAUGGACAAGCUACUGAAGAACAUCUGGACAGCCGAGGAAACACAGUCGAUGACCAUGACUUCCACCUCCAGUGCAGGACAAGAAGGUCAGCAGCUCCAGCACGAAGGCUCCCUCCCUCUGCCACAAACGAUGAGCCAGAAGACCGUUGAUGAGGUCUUGAGAGAUAUAGCCAAGGAUUGUGGUGUUGGAAAAGACGGAAAUGCAGCUGUAGGAGCGAAUUACCCGCAGAGGCAGCAGACUCUAGGAGAGAUGACCUUGGAGGACUUUGUAGUGAGAGCUGGGGUUGUAAGGGAAGAUAUUCACAUGGUGGGUAAGGUUGAUAAUGGUGUUGUUUUUGGUGAUUUAUCGCUCGUAGUGAAUAAUAAUUCUGGAUUUGGAAUCGGAUCACAACAGGGGGAUAGGGGGGGUACAGGAUUAAUCGGAAAUGGGGCGUCAGAGAGUAUAAACAAUGGUAGUGGUAGUAACAAUCAGGUUUCCAUGCAGUCUCCAAAUUUGCCUUUGAAUGUGAAUGGAGUUAGAUUAAAUCAAAAUCAGUUAUCUCUGGCUCAAGUGUCGCAGAAGCAGCAGCCACAGCAACCUCAAAUACUUCCCAAGCAGCCAGCAGUUGGAGGUUACAUGACACAGAUGCCUAUACAGGGUGGUUUGGCUAGUCCUGGAAUAAGGGGAGGGGUUGCGGGGCUAGGGAAUCAGGGGAUGAAUGGUACUGGACUCCAGGGUGGAGGUAUGGGGAUGAUGGGCAUAGGGGCUGGGGUUCUUUCUUCUCCUGUAAACCAGCUGUCUUCGGAUGUGGUUGGGAAGAGUAAUGGUGAUUCAUCUUCAGUCUCACCGCUUCCUUAUGUGUUUAAUGGAAGUUUAAGGGGGAGGAGAAGGAAUGCGGCUGUGGAGAAGGUAAUUGAAAGGAGGCAGAGGAGAAUGAUAAAGAACAGAGAGUCAGCUGCAAGGUCACGGGCUCGUAAGCAGGCGUACACCACGGAAUUGGAAGAAGAAGUUGCCAAGCUAAAAGAGGAGAAUCAAGAAUUGCAGAAGAAACAGGCAGAAAUCAUGGAAAGUCAGAAACAUCAGGUCUUGGAGACGGUGAAUAUGCAGCAAGGAGGAAAGAAACGGUGCUUGGGAGGAACACAGACUGGACCAUGGUGAAGUUUCUACAGUAAUUGUAUGAUUAUUUAUGGUAGGUUGGUAUACAUAUUUAAGGCAACCGCGUGGUCAUUGUAGAUUUGAGAGUGUUAGUUUACCAGCAUUAUUAUAUGUAUAUGCUUCUAUAUCGAAGAUCAUGGUGGAUAUAACGGAGCCAAGGGAGGCGAAUAUAUAAGCCUUAUUGUCUUGGUUGUCCUGUGAUGUGGUGGAGUUUUCAUGGAAACAGUUUUACGUGUGUGUGUGU